AUGGGAACUCUCUUCCGUGCUUUCCGCGCCGGUUUCAAUCUAGGAGGAGUGACGGCAGGUCCGCCUGAUAAGCCACCCGACUGGGCUUCUUUCCAGAAAAUAUGCUCCUUCACUUUCAAGUCAGAGGCAUAUUUCGACGAAAUAUGCGUCUCGUUCCAUGAUCGCCUGAAGGAAUGGUCCCAAAAACCGACCCAUAUAACAUUCAAGUAUCUUCAAGCAGUUGACUUCUGCUUCCACCUGGGUGCCGCCAGGAUGGUCGACUGGGGCCGAGACAACAUCACUCUCAUUGAAGAACUUGGCGUAAUCAAACCUGGCGUGGGCAAAACUGGCGAUGCAUACGAGUUGGCUCGUCUGCAUUCCUACGGCAAGGAGCUGGCAGACCUUCUGCGUGAUCGACCAAGACUGGAAAAGGAAAGCGAGGGAAUCAAAUGGAAAGCGAGAAUGAAGAGAGUGGUGACUGCGGACUGGACAACGGAAGCGACUUCGACCACAGUCACCGCAACAACUAGCCCAACCACUGUGAUCCCAGCCUUCGUUGUGGAGGAACCCACGACGCGAUCUGUACCGCAGAAACCGUCACCGGUGCCAUCUGAAUCUACUAUAAGCCUGUCAGGUCCUACUCUCCCCGGUCGGCGCAAGCUUCCGCCACCUUGGCCGCCAAAAUCGCCAUCGACUACCGACUCUGGUAUCAGUUUUGGCACCAUUGGUCCUCAACUAUCGCCCAAACCCUCAAAAUCAGAACUGGGCCGGAAACAGUCUCGAAAUUCCCUUCUUGAUAAGCCAGGCGAUUCUCAUUCUGGGGCUGCCAAGAACGGCAACCCAUCACCGCGGUUGUCGCCUAAGCCCUCUCAGCCAGGGCUGCAUCGAGAACGGUCUCAAAAUUCCCUUCUUGAUAAACCAGGCGUUUCUCAGUCUGGAGCUGUUAAGAGCGGUAGCCCGUCUCCGCGACUGUCUGCCAAGCCCUCGCAGCCGCGGUUGCAUGAAGAGCGAUCUCGAAAUUUCCUAAUCGAUAAACCAAGUGAUUCUCAAGCUAGAAGCAUCAAUGACAGUAACCAGAAUGUGAAGGCGGUAACCCCUGACGAUAUGGCCAAGCAGUUCAAAAUUAGGAAAGAUACCUUUGAGCUGAGGCUCAAGGCUCAAGCAGAUCGUCAACCAAGGAACCCAGUCGCCAGCCCAGCACCCAGCUCAGAAAGUCGACGACUAUCCCCGAGCCCUCGUCGCCACCAUCUCCCGGAUCUAGUACGUGAUUCAAAGCUUGAUACGACCUUUGAUUUGAAUAGCCGAACGGUCUGUCACGUUUCCUUCAUGACCAAUCUCGCCAGCCGGCAGCGCCGAGUAAAAACGGAGGUGAGAUGGAAGAGAAGUAAAAGAAUUGGGGCCGGUGGUUUCGGGAGCAUUUGGCUUGAGAGAUGUGUCGAGGGUGGGAGUUUGGGGCAGCUUCGGGCUGUGAAGGAGAUUGCAAAGCAGCCAGACGCUACACAUGCCGUCGACUAUACAAGAGAACUUGAAGCUAUUGCCAAGUUUUCGCAUGAGAGGUAUUCGGCAUUCUUUGUCCAGUCGACUGGUUGGUAUGAAGAUGAAUACAGUAUCUUCAUACCAAUGGACUAUCAUGAAAUGGGUGAUUUACAGCAAUUCAUGAAGAGGCCUCUCCCUGAGAGAGAAGUGAAGGACAUCGUCUCACAGAUUCUCGAGGGUUUGGCGUUAAUGCACGACAAUGGAUUUACACAUCGAGAUCUCAAACCAGCGAACAUACUAGUCGUGGAGACAUCUCCUCAAUGGUGGGUGAAGAUUACAGAUUUUGGAAUAUCAAAAAGGGCAGAAGAGUCCUCGCCGUUGUGUACAGUCAUUGGCACACCCGCCUAUCUUGCCCCAGAAGUUCGAAGCAUGCAACAUCGGCCUCGUCAUCUGGGCCCAGGCGGUAACAGCACCGCUAUACAGAGAGAUUCUUACACCAACGCAGUUGAUCUUUGGUCGACUGGAGUGAUUGCAUACCAGCUGCUCACGACUCAAUUGGUCUUUUCGGAACCUGGAAGUCUGCAAAACUACGCGGGUGGAAAGGCAAAGUUCCCUCGUCAACCUCUCACGCGCGUUGGUGCCAGUGAAAUUUGCCUAGAGCUGCUAGGGAAGCUAUUAUCACCAGCGGCUGCAGAGAGACCUUCUGCGGCUGAGGCUUUGGCCCAUUCAUGGAUGCUUACACCUGAUAUGGAGGGCAGCCAAACCGGCAGGCCAAGUAAAUUUGUUGACACUUACCACAGUCAUCAAGUGUAUUCGGUCACUGAAGAGGCGAGUGCGGAAUGGCCUAGCACAAUGGGCUAG